UAUUGUGCUAUUGUGAUAUCUAUACUCUAUAGUCUGUAUGGGAUCACGUAGUGCUAUUUGUAUUACUUUUGACUUUUUUAACACAUAAUCAUCAUGGUUCCCCAAAAAGGUUCUCUGUUAGAUUUUUAGUGCCCUGUCCUAAAUGUUAGGGAAGAGGUUGAUUCAGGAGGGGAAUGAUGUACCUCUUCAUUGCCACUGAAGAUAUAACCACAGGAAAGGAGCAGAUUGAUUGUAUCAGUCCUUGUUUUAUGUAUAAAUUGACUGGCUUUGAAGGGAGCCUUUGAGUCUGUUUGGAGGACAAAUGUUUUAUGUCAAAUAAUUGCUAAUAAAAAUGCUUAUAUAUGUUAUUUGCCAGAAGAAGAAACAUCACGUUUUUUCUGUAGCGGAACCUCCAUGCUCAAAAGUUUCUUUGCCGCAGGAUUCCUUGGAUAUUCCACAAUCUUCCUCGAUGGAUGGUUCUCUGCGUUUAUUUUCUGGCUUGUGUCCAAGAUACAUGUUCUUGUUUGUUCGAAAAAGAACCAAUAUGAUCUGCCAUGGUCCCACCAUCCUACACUUCCCACCAUUGCCUUUUGCAUUCCUCAUGACUUUGCCAUCUCUUCAAUUUCCGACAUCUUUCAACAUAAAUAGCAUGCUCAUUCCGGAUGCAGUGGCAGGCUUUGCUUUCAUCUAUAUGGAAGAUGAGCGUGAUGCAGGGGAUGCAAUAAGGAAACUCGACAGAAUUGAGUUUGGCAAAAAAAGACGCCAACUACGUGUUGAGUGGACCAAGCAAGAACGUGGUGGCAGAAAUCCUGACAGCUCAAGGAAAUCUUCAGCCAAUGCGAAGCCUUCGAAAACCUUAUUUGUUAUUAACUUUGACCCUGUCAAUACAAGGACCAGGGAUCUUGAAAGGCAUUUUGAACACUAUGGGAAGAUAUCAAAUGUCAGAAUCAGAAGAAAUUUUGCAUUUGUGCAAUUUGAGUUGCAAGAAGAUGCUACCCGAGCACUGGAAAGCGCUAAGAUGAGCAAGUUCAUGGACCGGGUUAUUUCUGUGGAGUAUGCAACACGGGAUGAUGAUGACAAAAGAAAUGUCUCUAGCCCUGAUAGAAGGGGUCGGGACAGGUCUCCACCCAAUGGAAGAAGCUAUGGUCGUGGUGGACGCUCCCCAAGUCCAUACCAUAGGGAAAGAGGUAGCCCUGAUUACGGGCAUGGCGCUGCACCUAAUUCUCGAUCCGAUCGAAGAAGCAGCCCUGACUAUGGCAGAGCCAUAAGCCCUGUCAAUGAUAGAUAUAAAAGCCGCUCGCCUCGUGCUCGUGAAAGAUCUCCUGUUAGUGAAAGAUCUCCCGUUCCUGAAAGAUCUCCUGUUCGUGGAAGAUCCGACUCUUCUUGAUUAAGAAGAGUUGUUGAAAGAAUUUGGUGGUUAUUCGGUCUGUUCGGUUAGCAGCCCUUGUGAAGUACUGUUAUGGACAGUUUCCAGCUCGGUGUAAUGUUGUGCGCUAGAGAUUCACCACUCCAUGUAGUGUUGCUUGUUUAGAGAUUUUGCAUGAAAACGUAUCUACUAUAGACUACUACUGUAAGUUUGUAACUCUGGAUUCUAUUAUGUGCUUUCUAAUUCCCUUUUUCUGAUUAUGGUUA